UUUUUCUUGACCAGCUGAUCUUUGUCGUGUCAUUACUUCCUUAGCCUUAGGCUAAGACUUUAUCAGACAGUAGAAAGGAGUAGUCACACCUAAUCAACGGGACAGUCAACCCCUAAUAUGGCCGCGCCAACGGAAACUCAUGGUGAUUUACGACAAGAGCAUUUAGAAAGGGGUAAAAUAGCUAUCGUUGGCAGCGGACUGAUAGGCAGGGGCUGGUCGAUGCUAUUCGCCGCCGUCGGUCACCCCGUCUGCGUCUACGACGUCGAGCAGAAACAGGUCCUGGCAGCAUUUGAAUUUAUAGAGGCCGAGCUCAAGAGACAUGAGAAGGAAGGAACAUUGCGGGGAACAUUGAACGCAGCUCAACAGAGGGCGCUAAUAUCUUCGUCUAGCGACCUGAAAAGCUGCGAUGGAGUAUUGAGUGUGGCCGACAUUGACAAGGUGAUGUGGGCAGGUCUCGGACCGCGAUAUGCCUUCCUCGGUCCUCUAGAGACGGCCCACCUGAACGCAGACGGCAUAGUCGACUGCAUGCGCCAAUACGGAGCCGGCCUGGAGCAUGUGAGCGCCACCAUGGGGCCGACGCCGGUGUACACAGCGCCACCGCCAUCUCUUGAGCAGAUUAACAAACAACUGGAGGAAAUGACGCCGCUUGGAGAGAUGGGGGCGCGGCGGGCGUGGCGGGACAAGAUGCUGUCAGCUUUAGCCAGGCUCAAGCGCGACAUGGAGACGGAGUAACGAUGCAGCAGCAGUAGUUACUCGCUUGUCUGCCAAGACGAGCGUAGUCAGCGAAUAUCUACGCUCAGUACUCGGUUCUGUCUCUCUCUCUCUCUCUUACACUCUUUCUCUCUCUCUCUCUCGCUCGCAUUUUAAA